GAAGAGGAGGAAGAGGAGGAGGAGGAGAGAGAAAGUGGGGAAAUCAGUGACAGAGAGAGAGAAAGAAGAAUUUCCAGAAAUCCCAAACCAAAAAUCAUCAGAGAAUUAAAGACUGUGGGAUAUUGGGGGAGGGGAGAGAACAAGGGGAAGUGCAACUACAAUUUAGUGCAUUUUGGGCUGCGGAGAAGGAUCCGACUCCAACCAAAAAGCUAAAGUUUUGUGAGUGAGGAGGACUUGGAAAUUAAACAAAAGAGAAGAAGAAGAGGAGGAGGAGGAGGAGGAGGGGGUUAUGGAUCCAGAUGCUGCUGAUCCCAAAGCCUUUCUCAAGUUACACAAGAUGAGGGAGGAAGAGAAUGUCGACGCUCCUGGGGUUUUAAAAGAGGGGAGCAACAGUAGAGCUAAAUGCUGACACCAUGACUGUGAGAAGGGCCACAGUGGUGACCAGGAAUAAAGACCACUCACCAUACCAGGCCGGCUCUAGGGUAAAGCUUGUCAGGAAAGAAAACUCUGAGUCUGGAAGAAAAUCUACAGUUCUUCUGGUUGAGAGCCAAAGUGGAAUAAAAAGUAUUUCUAGGCAAGACUUAUCCCUGCAAAAAAGUCCACUCCAGAGCAUUGAUAACCUAUCAGGAGAAGCAGACACAAACGUUCUAGACUGGAACAUGCUCAGCCAUAGAAUGAUCAUCAGUGACCAAGUCGUGGACCUCGGUGUCAAGGAACAAGGCCACAUCUUAAAGAAACAACUUUCCUCUCCACCCCAAAAGAUCCCACUAAAGAAGACUUCUAGCAUCAAGGACAAGAUUUCUGAAUGGGAAGAAAAGAAGGAGACACAGUCCCCCGUUCUGAGCCGGAAGGAGUCGGUGCACUUGAAGAGACAGGAUUCCUCAGGCCCAGUUUCUGGAGAAACCAACGGCAAUGGAACAAUCCAACCAUCUCCUCUUCUCAGCAGGAAGGAGCUGGUGCCCAUUAAGAGACAGGAUUCUACUGGACUAUCUUCUUCAGACAUAGUGGUUCCAGAAAGUAAGAUGAGGUCUAAAGGGAGUGUUAAGAGGAUGUUUAGUUGGGAGAUGGACAAUAAUCAGAAAGACUCAUCAAAGGUGGAGAAACCAACUGAUAGAGAGACUGAUCAAAAUGCUGAAAGAGAGACACCUUCCGGCAACAAGAAGGAUCAGACCACAGUCUUAAACCAAGUGAAAAGGUUUGAGCGCUCCUUGAAAGACAGUCCGGUAGAUUUGCAACCACAAUUACCCGGGACCUAUUAUUCUCCACAGUGUCUGCUGGAGGCAGAGAACCAGGAGAACAGAGUCAGGUCAAAAAAAACUCAUGAAAACUCUGAGACCAUUUUUGGGAUGGUAGGAGAGGGCAGGCCCUCUAGAAGGACUAGCAAUGCUGAGAAUGUAUAUACAGAACCUGGAGCACAGGAGAAAAGGCUUCCCAUAAACCCACUGCCAAAACCCAGAAGGACUUUCUGUCAUGAAUGGGAGGGGGAAAUUUUUCCACCCAGGACAACUGGGCUCCGUAAAACGAACAGAGACUUGCCUCCUCUUCCAGUUAUACUUCCCCCUCCUCUGCCCACAUCUCCACCUCCAUCUGCCAUUAGCAGAAGGCUUUGGAACACCAAGCACAAGCAUAAUCGGGACCACAGGAAGUCGUACGAGUUUGAAGACCUGUUGCAGUCGUCCGGGAACGGCCGAGUGGAUUGGUACGCACAGACCAAGCUCGCUCUCACUCGCACUUUAUCGGAAGAGAACGUCUAUGAGGAUAUUCUAGACCCCCCUUCCAAGGAGAACCCCUAUGAAGACAUUGAGCCGGACAAUCAGUGGCUGGCAAAGAAGAGUGUCCCCGUCUUCCCUAGCCCGACCCCCUCUGUCCCAGGGACCCCCACCAAGGUACCUCUGAAGAGCCCUUUCUUCAGGCAAAACUCUGAGCGCCGUAGCUUUAAACUCAUGGACUUGAGAAAAAUGGGCAGGGACGGAGUUUCCUCACCAAGCAAGCUGAGCCCCCCGUCUUCUCCGAGCAGCCCCGAUGACUCUUUCUUCAAUAUGGGAGACCCCCCAAAUGGGCGCAAGAGGAGGAAAAUCCCCAGGCUGGUGGUGAAAAUCAACGAUGUCUUCGAGGCUCGACGGGGUAAAAAAAAAGUGAAGAGGCUUUCACAGUCAACAGAGAACAAUUCUGGGAGAGUUACAGAUGAUAACAGCGAGUCAGACAGUGACACCGAGGAGAAGCUGAAAGCUCACAGCCAGCGGUUGGUGCAUGUCAAGUCCAGAAUGAGCCUGACGCCGAUGUAUCACACUUUGGAACGGGACCUGAUCGAAUACCAGGAGCGACAGUUGUUUGAGUACUUUGUGGUGGUCUCGCUGCACAAAAAGCCCACUAGUAGCGUCUACGUACCUGAGGUCACCCAGCAGUUCCCGCUGAAGCUGGAACGUUCCUUCAAGUUCAUGCGAGAGGCUGAGGACCAGCUCAAGGCUAUUCCACAGUUCUGCUUUCCCGAUGCAAAGGAUAGGUCUCCAGUCAACCAGUUUAUUAGUGAAACAUUCUCCUUCGUCCUGACCGGAGAGGACGGCAGUCGGCGGUUUGGUUAUUGCCGGAGACUCCUGCCCAGUGGGAAAGGGAAGCGCCUGCCGGAAGUUUAUUGUAUAGUGAGCCGCCUCGGCUGCUUCAACCUCUUUUCUAAGAUCUUGGAUGAAGUUGAGAAGAGAAGGGGCCUCUCGCCAGCUCUGGUACAGCCCUUCAUGAGGAGCAUUAUGGAGGCGCCAUUUCCAGCCCUGGGAAGGAAAAUUACUGUGAAGAAUUUCCUUCCAGGAUCAGGAACUGAGGUGAUCGAGCUCUGUCGGCCCCUGGAUUCCCGGCUGGAACAUGUUGACUUUGAAACCCUGUUCUCCACCCUCAGUAUACGGCACGUCAUACAGAUCUUUGCCUCCCUUCUGCUGGAGAGACGAGUGAUAUUAAUGGCAGACACCCUCAGUACCUUGUCCAAGUGCUGCCACGCUAUGGUUGCCCUUAUCUACCCAUUUGCCUGGCAACACACCUACAUCCCCGUGCUUCCACCUUCCAUGAUUGACAUUGUGUGCUCCCCCACCCCAUUUCUGAUUGGUCUACUCUCCAGUUCUUUGAGUCGCUUGAAGGAGUUGCCAGUGGAAGAGGUUUUGCUGGUUGACCUGGGAAAUAACCGGUUCCUGAGGCAGAUGGAGGAUGAAGAGUCUAUCCUACCAAGAAAACUGCAAGCUGCUCUGGAGCAAGUUCUGGAUCAGAGAAACGAGCUGGCAAGUGACAAGGAGUUGGGUUCAGCCAAUGGCCACCAAGACUCCUGCUCCUUGAACGACGUUGUGUCGGAAGCCUUUGUCCGAUUCUUUGUGGAAAUUGUGGGCCACUACUCCCUGUUUCUGGUGCCUGGGGAUCAAGACGAGAAAGCUCUGCUCCGCGAUGCCUUCAGAAAGUCUGUCUCAUCCAAGAGCCUACGCCGAUUUCUGGAGGUCUUCAUGGAAACACAGAUGUUUGGGGGUUUCAUCCAGGAGAGGGAAAUGAGGAAACAAAGCACCAAAGGUCUGUUUGAGGUCCGAGCCCAGGAAUACUUGGAGAUGCUCCCAUGCGGGGAGCAGAGCGGGGUCAACAAGUUUCUCAAUAGAAUAGGAAAUAAAUUCUUUCGGAAUAAGAAAUAGAGCCCAGAUUUACCAUAACCGAAGACCCAGUCGCAUCCAACGAAGGAUAACAGACUCAUGUCCUGGAUUACCCAGAGUUCCCUGGAUUUCCCAGAAUCCUCUGGAUCUUGCAGUUUGCAGGUUGCACGGCUGGGCUAUACAUUGUAUUGUGCACUGGACACAGAUCUGAUAAUCUCCGUAUGGAAAUAUUUAUAGUGAGGACGAAUGAAAUCCAUUGAGAAAUCAAGGGGAAGUAAAGCCAAUAUUUUGUACGUGUACGGUCGGAAGCAGAACGUGAGCGAUGGAUACAGUAACGCAUUGUCACUGACGAGACUUAAUUCCCGCUGAAUUCUGAACGUGUUUCUCAGAAUACUGACCACUAGCCAUGCCCCUUGCCCGGCCUUGGAGUUGGCUCUGAUUCCUGGCACAGGGCUCAGCCUACAAAAUUGUGAUCUAUUUAUGUUGUGUGUUCGUACAGGUGAAAUUGUUAUUAUAUGAAUGAAAUACUUGAUUAUCCGGGGACUGUAGGGAUCUUGCCACUCUGGGGUGAACUACAACUCCCAGCAUCCCUUUUCAGUCUCAUUGGUUAGAAUACUGUCAUUGUAGUUGAGUUUUGGAUGGAGAGGCAACGCUAGGGUAUCCCCUGACUCAUCCUUUAUACUGGGGAUUUCUAAAUAUACAGUUGUAGUUUAGAGAUGCGCAUUACUUAGAGGAUGAACUAAUAUGGGACGGAACCUGAACCCUAAAAACCUUCCGCUCAUUGAAUACAAAUUCUCCCACCCCGUGUCGGAUUGGGGUAUCCAGGGCCCACCAGGUUUCCACCACAAGAGCCACCUCCACCACCCCAGUUGUAACACAUUCCCAAUACAAAUUCAUACCUUCUGCUCACUCCAAAAUGUUUGGGUUUGGACCUGGGAAGGCAACAGCCUUGGUCUGAGAGACCCAUGAGGGUCGGAAUCCAUUGGGUUUCCUCCCACUGCCCCAGUACUUACCCAGGUACAGAGCUCUGAUUCUCUGUACUUCCUGCUCCUGGGCUGUUCUCUUUCCCAUGGUCAGACAGGAACCUCCCCCUGGGUAAGUGAAUCCAAUCUCCCCCAGUA